AAGGUGGAGAGCCACCGCGGGCCGAGACUUUAAAUCGCCUUCAUUUCCCCCAAAUCCUUCCUUUUCCUCUCCUCCCCCAGGCCGGCGGGGAGGCAGCUUCCACCGCCCUCCGCGCGCCCUCGCCCGGCCUUGCUCUGCCUCCGGGGACCGCCAGCAGCCCGCCUCCAAAAGUUUGAUUUUUUUUUUUUUUUUUUCCCCCUGCUUCUUCUUCCUUUUUGGUGGAAGCAGAGAAGAGCGAGGCAGGGGCGAGCGCGGCGCCGGGACUCCUGGGACCAUGGGCCUGGCGCGGGCGCCCGCGGGGCCCCGGCCGCGCUGCCUGCCUGCUCGGGCGCCCCUGGGAGCGGGACUGCGCUGGGGGCGCGGGGGCCGAGCGCUCUGAGCCCGCCUGGCGCGGCGGGGCGGGGGGCUGGCGGCCCCAUGGGGCGCGCCCACACUUGCCCCCCGGGCUCGGGAGCAUGAAGUAGGGGCCCGCCAUGGGAGCGGGAUCGGCGCGGGGGGCCCGAGGCACAGCGGCGGCGGCAGCGGCGCGCGGGAGGGGAUUUCUCUUCACCUGGAUCUUAGUCUCACUUGCCUGUCACCUGGCUUCCACCCAAGGAGCUCCUGAAGAUGUGGACGUCCUCCAGCGGCUGGGCCUCAGCUGGACGAAGGCAGCGGGCGGCCGGAGCCCCCCGCCCCCAGGGGUCAUUCCGUUCCAGUCAGGCUUCAUCUUUACGCAGCGGGCCCGGCUCCAGGCCCCCACGGCUGCCGUCGUCCCUGCCGCCCUGGGCACAGAGCUGGCGCUGGUGCUGAGCCUCUGCUCCCACCGGGUGAACCAUGCCUUCCUCUUCGCCGUCCGCAGCCGGAAGCACAAGCUGCAGCUGGGCCUGCAGUUCCUCCCUGGCAAGACAGUCGUCCACCUGGGGCCCCGGCGCUCCGUGGCCUUCGACCUCGACGUGCACGACGGGCGCUGGCACCACCUGGCCCUGGAGCUCCGCGGCCGCACCAUCACCCUGGUGACGGCCUGCGGGCAGCACCGGGUGCCUGUCCCGCUGCCUUUCCACAGGGACCCAGCGCUUGACCCCGAGGGCUUGUUCCUUUUUGGGAAGAUGAGCCCACACGCAGUCCAGUUUGAAGGUGCCCUGUGCCAGUUCAGUAUCUACCCCGUGACGCAGGUCGCUCACAAUUACUGUACCCACCUGAGAAAGCAGUGUGGGCAGGCUGACACGUACCGGCCCCAGCUGGGACCCUUCCUCCCCCGAGACUCUGGCACACCCCUCACCUUCCAGACCGACCUUGCCCUGCUGGGCCUGGAGAACCUGACCACUGCCACGCCAGCCCUGGCGUCACGGCCAGCAGGCAGGGGGCCCAGGGUGACUGUGGUGCCUGCCAUGCCCCUAACGACUAGCACCACAGGCCCGCACCAGCCCGUCACAGGUGGAGGCCCAGCCCGGACCCUCCUGCCACCUGCCAAGCUGUCAGCCAGUGGAGGGCUGCCUCCCGUGCCCCCAGCCUCUCCUGCCAGCUCCACCAGACCUGUCCAGCCACUGCAGAAGAGCACAGCCACCAAAAUCCCCAAAAGUCACCCCACCAAGCCUUCAGCCCCUUCUCCUUCAAUUGCCCCUGUCAAAAGUCCCCGCCCCACCCAGAAGACAGCUCCGCCUUCCUUCACAAAGUCAGCCCCACCCGCCAAGAAGCCGGUGCUACCCACUUCCCACCCAGUUCCUGCCAAAGUCUCCUGUCCCACAGUGAAGCCCAUCCAGAGGAACCCUGUAACGCCCAGAUCCCCAGCACCCAGCGCCCGGCCCCUACCUCCUGCUGCCAGCUCCUCUAAAAAGUCUUUUCCCCCAGUGGUCCAGGCUGAGACCAAGUUGAGCAGUCGUGUCAGUGAGCCGGCUCCUGCCCGCACCAACACACACAGACCUCCCCGAGCCACUGUCGUGCCCCCAUCACCUGCCCCCAGUCCUAGUGCUUCCAGGACUGCUCGGCCACAAGCCACAGCGAUGCCUCCCACCCUCGCUCCUGGUUCAGCCCCCACUGGAAGCAAGAAACCCACUGGAUCAGAAGCCACAAAGAAAGCCAGAUCCAAGAGCAGCCCCUGGAAGCCCGUCCCUCUCAGACCUGGGAAGGCAGCCAGGGAUGUCCCGUUUAACCAUCCGACAACUGGGCCGAGCCCCAGACGGCUGCGGCCCAGCCAGCAGACCACCCCGGCCCCGGCGCUGGCCCCGGCGCGAGUCCUGUCCUCCAGCCCCCAGCCCAUGAGCACUGGCUCUUCGUUCUUCCACCUGGUGGGACCCACACCUUUCCUGCUGCUGAUGGGACCUCCGGGGCCCAAGGGAGACUGUGGUUUACCGGGUCCGCCUGGGCUGCCUGGGCUCCCUGGACCUCCUGGUACACGGGGUCCUCGGGGUCCUCCUGGGCCUUAUGGAAAUCCAGGCCUCCCCGGCCCUCCUGGAGCCAAAGGACAGAAAGGGGACCCCGGGCUCUCACCAGGAAAGGCUCACGAUGGGGCAAAGGGCGACGUGGGCUUGCCUGGGCUCUCUGGGAAUCCAGGACCUCUUGGACGAAAGGGAUACAAGGGCUAUCCUGGACCGGCGGGGCACCCCGGAGAACAGGGGCAGCCGGGACCCGAGGGCAGCCCAGGGGCCAAAGGUUACCCUGGCAGGCAGGGGUUACCUGGACCUGUAGGAGACCCUGGCCCCAAAGGCAGCCGGGGCUACAUUGGACUCCCAGGGCUCUUCGGCCUGCCAGGGUCCGAUGGAGAGCGAGGUCUGCCUGGCGUUCCUGGCAAGAGGGGCAAGAUGGGUAGGCCGGGGUUUCCUGGAGACUUUGGGGAAAGAGGCCCUCCGGGACUGGAUGGAAACCCCGGAGAACUGGGCUUACCAGGGCCCCUAGGAGUCCCUGGCCUCCUUGGCGACAUGGGAGCAUUGGGUCCAAUUGGCUACCCAGGACCCAAGGGCAUGAAGGGACUGAUGGGAAACGUGGGGGAACCCGGACUGAAAGGUGAUAAGGGUGAACAAGGGGUUCCGGGUGUGUCGGGAGAUACCGGAUUCCAAGGAGACAAGGGGAGCCAGGGAUUGCCAGGGUUCCCAGGCGCACGGGGGAAGCCAGGGCCUGUGGGCAAAGUUGGAGACAAAGGAUCCGUUGGGUUUCCUGGGCCCCCUGGACCCGAGGGAUUUCCCGGAGACAUUGGCCCCCCUGGGGACAACGGCCCAGAAGGCAUGAAGGGUAAGCCUGGAGCUCGAGGCCUGCCGGGACCCCGUGGGCAGCUGGGGCCAGAGGGAGAUGAGGGACCCAUGGGGCCACCAGGGGCCCCUGGCUUGGAGGGUCAACCUGGCAGAAAGGGGUUUCCUGGAAGGCCUGGCCCGGAUGGCUUGAAGGGAGAACCAGGCAAUCCUGGACGGCCGGGGCCCAUGGGUGAGCAGGGACUUCUGGGAUUCAUUGGUCUGGUCGGGGAGCCAGGAAUCAUGGGAGAAAAGGGUGACCGGGGCAUGAUGGGACCCCCAGGCGCGCCCGGACCCAAGGGGUCGAUGGGUCAUCCUGGAACUCCAGGUGGUGUUGGGACCCCCGGAGAGCCUGGACCUACGGGUCCUCCAGGAUCUCGAGGCCCGCUGGGCAUGAGGGGAGCAAAGGGACGCCGGGGACCCCGAGGACCAGAUGGACCAGCUGGGGAGCAGGGGUCCAGGGGUCUGAAGGGUCCUCCAGGACUACGGGGCAGACCAGGCCAGCCUGGGCAGCAGGGCGUGGCUGGCGAGCGAGGGCACCUGGGCACACGAGGCUUUCCUGGCAUCCCGGGUCCCUCCGGCCCCCCAGGUACCAAGGGCCUCCCAGGAGAACCGGGCCCUCAGGGACCCCAGGGGCCAAUUGGCCCUCCGGGAGAGAUGGGACCCAAGGGGCCACCAGGUGCAGUGGGAGAACCAGGCCUUCCUGGGGAAGCUGGAAUGAAGGGUGACCUUGGGCCUCUGGGCACCCCUGGGGAGCCGGGCCUCAUUGGGCAGCGGGGAGAGCCAGGCCUCGAGGGUGACAGUGGCCCUGCAGGGCCCGACGGGCUGAAGGGGGACAGGGGUGACCCCGGGCCCGACGGUGAACGUGGCGAGAAGGGCCAGGAGGGACUGAAGGGUGAGGACGGGCCACCCGGCCCCCCUGGCAUCACUGGCGUCCGGGGUCCUGAAGGAAAACCAGGGAAGCAAGGCGAGAAGGGCCGCAUGGGAGCCAAGGGUGCCAAGGGCUACCAAGGACAGCUGGGUGAGAUGGGCGUCCCUGGAGACCCCGGACCCCCUGGCACCCCAGGCCCUAAAGGGUCCCGGGGCAGCCUGGGACCAACGGGUGCUCCAGGACGGAUGGGGGCCCAAGGAGAACCGGGGCUGGCUGGUUACGAUGGACACAAAGGCAUCAUGGGACCCCUCGGACCUCCUGGACCAAAGGGCGAAAAGGGGGAGGAGGGUGAGGAUGGCAAGGCCGAGGGGCACCCCGGGCCACCUGGAGAUCGGGGCCCUGUGGGUGAUCGAGGAGACCGCGGGGAACCAGGGGACCCUGGAUACCCUGGACAGGAGGGCGUACAAGGCCUCCGUGGAAAUCCAGGCCAGCAGGGCCAACCCGGGCAUCCGGGACCCCGGGGACGGCCGGGCCCCAAAGGAUCGAAAGGGGACGAGGGACCAAAGGGAAAGCAAGGCAAGGCUGGGGGACCAGGACGGAGGGGGAUCCAGGGCGUGCAGGGGCUGCCGGGGCCUCGGGGCGUGGUGGGGAGACAGGGCCCCGAGGGUGUCGCUGGACCAGAUGGGCUUCCUGGCCGGGACGGUCAAGCAGGACAGCAGGGGGAGCAGGGAGACGAUGGGGGCCCUGGCCCCGUGGGCCCUGCUGGGAAGAGAGGAAAUCCAGGUGUGGCUGGCUUGCCUGGAGCACAGGGACCCCCAGGAUUCAAGGGUGAAAGUGGGUUACCCGGGCAGCUGGGUCCCCCUGGCAAACGAGGGACAGAAGGCGGAACGGGGCUUCCUGGGAACCAUGGGGAGCCUGGAUCCAAAGGCCAGCCGGGUGACUCUGGUGAGAUGGGAUUCCCAGGAAUGGCUGGCCUCUUCGGACCCAAGGGCCCCCCAGGAGACAUUGGCUUCAAAGGCAUCCAGGGCCCUCGGGGGCCUCCUGGCUUGAUGGGGAAGGAAGGCAUCAUUGGGCCCCUAGGAAUCCUGGGACCUUCAGGACGCCAGGGUCCGAAGGGCGACAAAGGCAGGCGAGGGGACUUGGGAUUGCAAGGUCCGAGGGGUCCUCCCGGUCCCAGAGGGCAGCCCGGCCCACCGGGUCCUCCAGGGAGCCCUAUUCACUUUCAACAAGAUGACCUUGGGGCAGCUUUCCAGACGUGGAUGGACACUAGUGGAGCACUGAGAGCAGAGGGUUACAGCCAUCCGGACCGGCUGGUGCUGGACCAGGGAGGGGAGAUCUUUAAAACCUUACACUACCUCAGCAACCUCGUCCAGAGCAUUAAGACGCCCCUGGGCACCAAAGAGAACCCCGCCCGGGUCUGCCGGGACCUCUUGGAUUGUGAGCAGAAGAUGGUGGACGGUACCUACUGGGUGGAUCCAAACCUUGGCUGCUCGUCCGACACCAUCGAAGUCUCCUGCAACUUCACACAUGGUGGACAGACGUGUCUCAAGCCCAUCACGGCCUCCAAGGUGGAGUUUGCCAUUAGCCGGGUCCAGAUGAAUUUUCUGCACCUACUAAGCUCUGAGGUGACACAGCAAAUCACCAUCCACUGCCUUAACAUGACCGUGUGGCAGGAGGGCACCAGGCAGACCCCAGCUAAGCAGGCUGUGCGCUUCCGGGCCUGGAACGGGCAGAUCUUUGAAGCCGGGGGUCAGUUCAGGCCGGAAGUGUCAAUGGAUGGCUGCAAGGUCCAGGAUGGCCGCUGGCAUCAGACACUCUUCACCUUCCGGACCCAGGACCCCCAGCAGCUGCCCAUUGUCAGCGUGGACAACCUCCCUCCCGCCUCAUCAGGGAAGCAGUACCGCCUCGAAGUUGGACCUGCGUGCUUCCUCUGACCUCUGACCUCCUGGCUCCUCUCGGCCUCGAGGGGGAGGGAAGAGGAGGAGGAGGCAAAGGGAGGGUACCUAGGGGCAGGUGGGCCCCUAGGAGAGGCAGCUCACCUGCCCAAGGAUCCUUGAGCAGACCCCAGCUGUUGUCUGCCCAGUAGAAGAGGCUGCGGGGUAGCAGGGCAUGGGGUAUCCUUGGGAACAACUGAUCCCAGCUCAGCCCCAAAGACCAACCAAAGAGCCAGCCAGAGCAAGCUGGGCCUGCAACCUGCCUGAGCCCCGCGGCCUGUCUCCCAGCUCUGCGGCCACCCCCUUCCCUGCCCAGCUUCCUUCCCAAAGAGCCCCACGUUCCAGCCAGCUUGAGGGAAGGGGGCAUCUCGUCAGCUGGUCCCUGCCAGGGAGCUUUGAUGUGCAAUAUUAGAGAGGAGACAUGAAAAAAGGAGAAAAGGAAAGAAAGAAGUAUAUAUAUUUUAUUUAAACAAACACAAAGAAGGUGCGUUACUAUUUUUUUUUCACCUGGGAAAGAGGUGAGAAGGUGAGAGAGAGCAGCCAGGGGGUGGGAAGUGACGGAUGCCGAGAGGGAGAGGUGAGAUCCUCGGGGCUGGGGGUGCCCACGUCUGCUACCUCCCACUGUGAAAUCGCUGGUGCUCACAAUUGUCUCGUAGUGUAUGUGAUUUUUUUAAGGAAAAAAAAAAACCCUAUUUAAGAUUCUGAAGGUGCUACCAGUUUUGCCACAGACUUUGAAGAAACAUUUGGAUGUGGGGUAUCAUCCACGUUUUUCUCUCUCCUCCAAAUGACAAAGUUUGGGGAAUUUUUAAAAUUUUCUUAGCAUCACCCUUGUGCUCAUUGCAUAAUCUGUUAAGGAGUAGGGGGAAGAAGGUAAAAGGAAAAAAAAACAAAAAGCAAAGCAAAAAAACAAAAACAAAAAACAACCAGAAACAGAAGUAGAAAAGAUUUACCUUUUAACUUAUGGACUUUGAAACAUUUGUCCUCUUAAGGCAGGGGGAGGCCUGAGGAUGAAGGAUUUUAGUUUGGCCUUUCUUGGUCCUGGAGGGAAGUUAGGCUUGUCUUGGAGGGUAUGAUCUAGACUGGAGAGUCCUGACCUUGCAGCUUUGACUUUGAAGAAACCAGUUAGGAGAACGGCACUGGGUCAGGGCUGGCCUUGGAGGUGGCAUGUAAAUAUGGACCCAUCUCAUGAUGAAGCCACAGACCAUCCCCUAAGGUCCUCCCUUCCUGGAGCUUGUCCUUCCAAGAUGCAGUCAUCACUCUUGCUUUUUCAUUGUCAUUCAGUUCUGUAGAAACCCAGCGCCAUCAGCUCCAAGUAUAAAUGUGGGCUGAGGAGAAGGGCUUAUUACGGGAAUCUCCGAGCUCAGCGUGGCCGGGCUCUUCAGGGCCAUCUGAAUUGUCCUGCCUCAGCGAACCAGUCAGCAUCCAGGCUGGAUUUGGAGGUCAUUUUAACUAUGGAAUUAUUUUUGUAGAAGGGGAAGUUUUAUGUGAAAGUCUAUUUGUGUCUUUUUUUUUUCUAAAGUGUCUCUUUGGGGAUUGGAUUCGAUUUUCAUUAUUUAAUACCUCACUCUGGCCCACCCUCCCCUCCCCCCCACUUCCUGUCUCCCUCCCCCACCCCGCCCGCCUCCACGCUCCCUGGAAGCGUGUUUUUGUAGCAGCUCGGGCCUCAUCUCAGCGCUCGGUCUCCACCUGGCCUCUGUCCUGGCGUCUGUCUUGCUCUUGGGUUUCUCUGCUGUCCUUGUUCAUGUCUCUGUCCAUGUGUCAAUGUGUUAAAACCCAAGUGGGUUCCGUUUCUCCUUUUCCCUUCUGGAUUUUAAAUAAAUAUUUAAAACUGAGGCAAUGGAAUGACA